AUGAAUAAAAGUAAAAGCAAUUUAUGUUUCUCUCUAACCCAUAAUAUUCUGUUCACAAUUCUUUAUCUAUCUAUCUAUCUAUCUAUCUAUCUAUCUAUCUAUCAGUCUUUUUACAUGUCUAUCAAAAUAUUUUUGUAUCUAAUUAUCUUCUUAAAAUCCACCCAUCAAUCCAUUUUCUUUCUUUCUUUCUUUCUUUCUUUCUUUCUUUCUUUCUUUCUUUCUUUCUUUCUAUUCAUCCCUCUAGCCAGCCAGCCAUCCUUCAUUCCUUCUUUUCUUCCUUCAUUCUUUUCUCCAUUUGUUCUUUCUUUCUAUCCAUCCAUUCAUCCUUCUUUCCUUCCUUCCUUCCUUUGUUUCUACUUUCCUUCUUCCAAAUUUGGUAAAAAUUAUCUAUUUUCUUUCUACCCCAUUCUAUUUAUGCAAAUCAGUUUCUUCAUAUCUGUCUGUCUAACUAACAGGGAAUUGGAAGGCAUCAUUAAUGUCUUUAUCUACUCCUAUCUAUCUAUCUAUCUAUCUAUCUAUCUAUCUAUCUAUCUAUCUAUCUAUCUAUCUAUCUAUCUAGAUGUGUUUUUCCUUUCAUUUGUGUUUUCAUUCUUUUUUUCUUUCUUUGUGUUUAUUUUUCAUUUACUGCACAUUGUUUCUUUCUUUCUUUGCAUCAUUUUCUUUUUCAUUUUUUUGUUGGUUUCUGCCUUUGGGUAUAUCUUUCAUUUUCCAUAUCUCUCUUUUGUUUUUCUUUAUUUACAUAAGGCCAUGUUCCUUUCUUAUUUCUUUCCUUCUUUGUUUGAGCAUAUUUUCUUUCUUUCGUUCUUUCUUUCAUUUUCCCUUUUUUAUUUUUCUUUCUUUUUUUUCUUCCUCUCUCUGAGCAUACCUUUCAUUUUUUCCAUAUGA